GGCCUGGGCGGUGUCCAGCUGCAACGACGACGAAAGACAAGGAGGCGUCGAGGAGAGUGAACAGCACAGGGCACCCGCUAGCUGCUGCGAAAGAGGCGAGAAGGGGCCGCAAUGGACGAGAACCCGUUUGGAGCAUCAACAAACGCCGUUCAAUCAUCGGCUGAAGCCUCAUCGUCAAGCGAGAACAACGGCGUUUCUAGAGGGAGAGGUCGAGGAGCGCCGAGGGCGAGAAGAGCAGGCGGUGUGCCAUCAAGAGGAGCUCCCUCUACGCGAGCAAAGCCAUUUUCCAACCGGUCCACGGUCUUCAAUGCGCCCGACAAGGCGGGCGCGACGCCCACCUUCACCGGCGGACCAGCGGAAGCGGCGAAGCGAUCUGCAAUACUGUCCAGUAGCCCCGAUCAAGGGCCGCCGUCUUCAGCCACACCCUUUUCUUUCGGACCGAGCGCAAACGUCUUCCAGCAAGGCCACAGCAGCCAUCAGGAUGGCGGAACAGAGUCUUGGAGCGCCACAGAGGGGGCGCAAGAAUCCUGGGCUGGCACCACGGCGUUUGGGUCGUCUGUUUUUGGAGGUGGAGAACGUCCAGCGACUACUAUGUCUUCACCAGCGCCGCCGGAGCCGGCCGAACGUCUGACCAGUGCACCCAAAAAUGCCUUAGGUGGCUCCGCCAAGGAUGACGAAGAACGCAAAAAGCGGUUCGAGAACCUGCCUUCGCAGAAUCGCUUCUUUGAACUCAAGAGCAGCAGAGAUGCACUUCGAGCCCGUUACAUCCGUGAGGGGCUUCUUCCCGACCCAGACAAGCCUCAAGACCUCUCUGCUGCUCAGAGCUUGCGGGGUACGUGUCAAGACAUGUGCCCGGACUUCGAACGAGAGGAGCGCGAAUUUCAAAACGAGGGUGAUGCUCUCGAGAUGUUCCCUGGAUCGUCCAGGAUCGACCCAGCGCUAGCCGUCAAGAUCUAUCGACGACCGGCCGCCGGUCGGGAGCUUCCUCUACCUGAAGAUGUCAGGCCACCAGCAGUGCUCAGACGCACCUUGGACUAUCUGGUUCAACAACUGCUGCCCGCAGAUCCAUCGAGUCCGCAAUUCACAUCGGUGCAGCCUUUCAUGUGGAACCGGACGAGAGCGAUUCGACAGGAUUUCAUCGUCCAGAGCGAACGAGGUGCACUGACGAUUGAAUGCCACGAGAGGAUUGCGAGGUACCACAUCCUUUGCCUGCAUUGGAAAGGCGGUAUAGGCGCGGAAGGGUGGAGUGAGCAGCAGGAGCUCGAGCAGUUGCGCAAGACGAUUCGCAGCCUGACAGAGUUCUACGAGGACCUACGUCAGUCAAGCGGUCGUCCGUCGCCGAACGAGGCCGAGUUUCGCGCAUACAACCUCCUCCUGCACAUGCACGACCCUGAGACGCUUCGAGAGGCCGAGAUGCUGCCUGCGGAAGUGUUUGAUGCGCCCAGCAUUCAGGCCGCUCUCCGGCUCCGGGCGUACGCGCAACGAAGCAACAACGUCGCCCGACGAGGCAGACCAUCCAAUACGGAGUCGACCCUCAACCUCUGGACGCGCUUCUUCGAAGAGCUCAAGCACAGCGAAGACGUCAGCUACCUGCUUGCCUGCUUGGCGGAAAACACAUUCACCAUGGUGCGAGCCGGUGCCGUCAAGGCAAUGGGCAAGGCAUACGGGAAAAUGGGCGUGGUGCCAGUGGAUUAUCUUAGGCGCAGUUUGGGCAUGGAUGAUGACGAGGGAGCGAGAGCAUUCUGUGUCGCUCUUCAUGGCGAGGAGGUGCUCGGAGAGGGUGAUAGGUUGCAGGGCCUGAAGCUAUACCAAGCAAGCGACGAUGGGAGCACAUUGCCGAAGGCCCCGUUCAGCGAGACGAUCGUCGAGGCUAAACGCCGCCACUGGUCGUGCCAAGAUAUCAUCGACGGCAAGGCAUCCUAUGCAGUGCCCUUGUUGACCCAGAUCGACGGAACGGACCUGACUCGGCCCGCCGGCCCUGCAGGUCGUCGAGCGAUACCCGUGGCUGCUCCAAGAACAGACCUUCCAGUUUCGACCUUGGUUCCGAAGCACCCUGCUCCGCUGGCGCUCGCUUCAGCUCCUAUCGCCGCGCAGAAGAAGCCCGACCAUCUCAACACCUCAAAGACAGUCAAGGCCGAGUCACUUAUACCCCCUCAGGCUUCGUCUUCGGUCUCUUUCUCAUCGCUCUCGGCCAAAGCUCCGUCCUUCACCCCGUCCAUCCCGUCCAUCAAGCCUUCUGCUGCUACUCCUGCAUUUGGAGGCACGUUCGGCGGUGCCUCACAAUCGACCACAUCCUCUUUUUCGGCAUUUUCUUCGACGCCUGUGCCCGUGGCGACCUCAGUGACAGAGACAAGCAAGCCUAAGGAAGAAGCACCAACAAAGACCCAUGAUGUCUUCUCGUUUGGCGGCAAGCAAACGACGAUCCCAUCUAUCUCUUUCUCGAGCCAGCAAAAAGGAGCGUCAGCAUCGCAGCCCACCUUUGCUAGCCUCGGAAACAGAUUGAAAAGCGAAGAGGAGGUGGCGAUCAAGAAGGAAGAUAGGCCGAUAGACGAAAGUGCGAUUGCAAAUGGGCCAAAAUCGGCAACGUUCGCGACCGUUUCUCCCUCGGCGGCCCAGUCUCUCCUGCCCAGAACUUCCUCUUCCGAUGCCAAAGGGACAUCCUUGCCGAGUAAAGCAACGCCGCCGAAGAUCGAAGAGCGUCCAAGGACGCCUCCUAAGAUCACUGCGGUUCUCGAGCCCAAACCUGACCUCCCUAAGAGGACGGUGGAGUCGGUCGUCGCGGCCCUUUCAAAGAUGGUCAUGGACGACUUCCUCCACCACAAGGUUCUUGUCCUGUCCGAACAAGCCUGUCGGCGGGAAGAGCGAAAGCGUCGUCAAGAGGAGCGAGAUAAAUUCGUGAAAUAUGAGGUCGAGACUUUGACGGGCGACCUCGAAGCGGAAUGCGUCGAGGAUGUCUUGUGGCAGGUGACGAGCGAGUCCUUGGCAGAAGAGAUGAGACGGCGACGGACCCAGCAGACCACUGUGGAGAAGUGGCUUGCUGCCCUGGAUGCGGCUCGACUUCGAAAAGCGCAGGAGCGUAGGCUCCUGGAGGUGCGCGCCGAGCUCAAGAGGAGGCGAAUCGAUUCCUCUCCCAGGAGUGGUCCAGCGUCGGUGAACGGCAACAAGACAGCAUCGCUACGCAGAUCUUUGGCGGAUUCGCGCGCUGGCCUUUCGCUCAAGCUCAAUGUCCCAACUCUCGCGGAUACGGAGGAUAGAGAUGUCGAUGAAGAGCUGAAGAUCGCGCUUCUCUCUGCGGAGAAGGCGCGACAAGAACUAUGGAAGCCCAACACCUUUCGAGAUUCUAUUAUCGGCCGGCUAAUAAAGGUGGCUCGGGCCAACAGAUGGGGAGCCGGACCGAUGUACUGGACGGUGGCGCUUGCGACGGCCAGCGACAAAAAGACGUUGGACUGGUUGCGGGGCAAGCUCGGCCUGCAUGAUGGUGCCUCUACAGGGGAAACGACGAUACCUCUGGCGGAUCGAACUCUAUCUUUGGCCAUUGUGGAUACGCAAAAGCUCGGACCGCAAGCGUGGAAUGCUCAAAGAAGCCUGGGGUUGGUCAUUUUCGAGAUCGAUCCCAAGCUCGCUCGUGCUCCUUCCUCUCCCACUAAAGAAGUGGAAGAGUGCUGGAAUAUACAACGACAUCGCCUAUCCGAGCUCAGCUCGUCAGAUUAUGUCCGAAAGAGCAUCUUUUCACCUCGCCUCCUCGUACUUUCGUGGUCUUACACGUCAUCCAAGGAAAAAGAACGCACUCGGAAGGCGAUCUUCGCGCGGCUAGGACUUUCUGCAACGGAACAAGAGAGGGCAGCAUGGUCUGGAGGCGUCGCGUUUGCGGAGCUUGGCAAUGCUGACAACUCGCCGCCAGACUUGUGCUUCGAUGCCUCGAUGGGAGAGCUCUUCGCGUUCGGUUCAGGCGUACCGACACUGCUCCGAACGGGCGGAAGGAAGAAAGUCGAGCUGCAAGAGCUUGUUGUGAAGGUCCGCACACCCUGGAGCACUUUUGUCAAGAUCCUGCAAGAUGUCAUCCUUGAGCGCCUUAGAACAGGUGAAAGCAAGGUAGCUGAAGCGUGCGAAAUCGCUAGCAAAGCCCUUACUAUGGCAGUAAACCUCGGCAACAUUGCAUUGCAAGGCCUCAUCAACGUUUCGGACUUUGCCGUCGACAAGAGAGUGGUCGCUCUCUCGACCAUCGCCUUGCCGCCCUUGUCACGAGACCAGACAACCGGCAGCGUGGACGAGCAUCUUCGUGCGGAAGCCGUAGCACAGGUCGACGAAAUGAUCCGUGCGCAAGUGCAAGACGAAGAAGAAGAUGAGGACGAAGACCUGUCCAGCCUGCAACAUGAUCUCUCGAGUCUGGAGCUCAUCCGCAGCCUCGCUUGGUCUCAGAAUGAAGGGUCUGACCACAGCGGUGGUAAUGCUGGCGGAAAUUUCGCCUUUGAGAAACACCUCGAACGCCUCUUUUCCUACGUCGUUGCUCGACUCGAAGAGGCAUGGAUUGGCAUUGACGAAAGCAAACUUGUCGGCCGAGGAGAAGCGGAGGAGGGGAAAACGGGGCUGGAGCUGGUGAUUAAUACGGCACAAGAAGUGGAGAGGCUGGGCCAACGGGCGCUCCUUGAUUUAGAUCAUGAAGUCAGCCGAUGGGUCCAAGAAGGUGCGGCCGAGCUGCGGAGCAGAGCGAACAGCAAGAAGAGGGCAGGAGAGUCGAUUCUGCCUCCUUCACCACCCGUCCAACAGGAGAGCGAGGUAGCUACCUCUUUCUCUUCACCUUCUAAGCGCAAGAAAGUUGGCGAUGCGACCUCUACUUUGCAAUCUCCCCCGGCACCUCUUUCGAGGACCACGUCGACAUCCACUCCUAGAGGCGUCAAGAGCUUACUCGCACUCAUUGAUGACGCGAAGAAGCUCCUCUCAUCAUCAUCGCCUUAAUACAAUGAACGACCAUCGUGUAAUAGUAGUAUGUCAGUUCCACAAGCAGGCUAGUGCCUCCGUUGCAAUUGACGAGCCAGCCCAUGUUGUUGUACAGUACAAAU